AUGUGUCUUUGUGCGCGGACGGGCGCUGUAGCGAACGUGGUGCCAUUUGAAUGCGGCAAUAAAACGAAUCCUUCCUCACGCCAGGUCAGUGUCGUUAAAUUCUAUACUCAAAAGGAAGCAGAUGAAUGCAAAAACGAAGAUACGCUGGCCUCAUCCACUUUCCCGCAGACCUUUGGGCCGGCUGGACCGAAGCUGAAGCCAAACGGCCCUGACGCAGACUGCGAAGCAAAUCCAGCAGACGUUGGGCUACAGUGCGCUGGGCCACGAUACGCCGUCGACGAGCGCAUUCGGCGAGACAGUGUAGCGCUGAAGAUUGUUUUUCACGUGUGA